AUGUCCCCGUAUUCCAGCCGAGAUCCGACCACGAACGCUGGCCCAUAUAGUCCUUCAUCGGGUAGCACGACCAACCCAACCGUUAAUGUCGGCCGCAAGCGCAAGUCGGAAGCCGCCGAAGGCGACAGCAUCAGCUGGCCGCCAAAGACCCACCGCAAACUACAGACAGAUACCACGCCUAAGGCUAAGCGCAAACUUCCGAUUCUCAGCGUGGAAGGCUUUGACAAAUACGUUGACGGGAAGUGGACUGUUCUCGAUUGGAUGGUGAAUGUCUGGGACCGAAGCACCGUCAAGCAGAUGGACAUCCUCUGCCGUCUUGGCCUUGUAGCCCCCGGGACUACGGUGAGGAACAAUACAGGCAUCUUCUACUUCGACGACCCGACUUUAACUGAGCUGUCUAAAGCGAUCCACGGGCUCUCCAAGAGUUUCUACAACGAAAGCUUUGAUCAGACACCUGCUGGCCCCCUUAUUCGAGGUCGCCCCCGCGCUAUGCAAGGCCGGAAGCGCGACGAUGCAGGACGAGAUGCAUUUGUGGAUGCAGCCAGCAACCCAAUGCACAUGAACCAACAGUUGGAUGACUUGCUCUUCGAUCAAUUCGGCCCUAAAGUCUGGGGCAUGGAUGUCGCGGCCCGCGAGGGCUGCACAUACCGACUGGAGCUGGAGGAUGACGUCGAUCGACCGAAAAUUGAGGCGCUCUUACAUCUGUGGGUCUUUGUCAAGAUUGCGAACGCUUGUCGGGCCAAGCGCCAGAAGUUGCACGGCAGCGGCAGGAAAUCACGAGCGAAGAAGGACCUGGGCAACAUGGCUGGUAAAGCUCCAGCAUUACUUUCGAACAUUCACAACGACACUAACGACGAUGACGUAGAUGAGAACACUUCAGAUGUCGCGGUCGAAGAUGUCGAGGGCGAAGAGUCACAAGACCAGGAGACGGCUAAUACAGUCGACGGUGAUGAAGCAGGCUGCACUAUUCCUAAAGAGCAGGGAGAUCUCAAGGCCACAAGCUCCAUGAAGCGCAAACCUGACACCAAGAAAAUCACACCUUCCGUGCGAACCGAAGGACAUGACGAUGCUCGGGCAACGGCCUCAGAAGAUGAAGCUACGGUAUUCAUACUUAGCGACGAACAAACUGAAGCAGGAGUGCCCGCCAACAAUGAAGACACGUCGGGGCUAGCACCGCCCAAGACAAACCGAGGCGCCGCACAUAAGUACAUGCUCGCUAAAUUCAUCACCGACUCUGGUGACGAGAGCCAUGCGGACUUUCCUGCUCCAAAGAAGCGCCGCAUAGUUAACACAUUCGAGACUGCAGAUCUCAUCCACUGGAAGGAGGACAGCGAGCGCGUUGCGAAAGGCGAGAAGUCUGUAGACGCAGGAUCCUUCGACGGCCGUUCUGAUCUGGCAGUAGUCCCCGACGAACAGCAAGUCGUCACGGCGGCUGGCGAUGAUGCCUCUGUUGAUGGUCUCGCGCUCGCCAUAGUUCAAUCUUCUUCGACGGCCUUAGCCCCCAUCGACAACUCCCAGGCUACCACUAAAACCAAGCUUCCAGACUUCCACACCUUCAUGAAAUCCAUCCACGGCGACUUGCUCGCCAAGCGCAACUGA